AUGCUGCUCAGAGCCGCACGAUCGCCGUGCUGGCGCACAGCGCAAUUCGCCUAUCCGAGCUUCACUGGAAAGCAACGAAGCACACGACUCAAUGGAACACACCUACGCACGUUCACGUCAAAUAACAGUUCACUAUGGAGUCAGUCCAUAGACAAUAAAGAUCCCGGAUCUGUCAAACCUACUCCUACCUCGACCCCCGCACCAUCACAACUAGCAAAUGCCAAUAUCAUCCCAAAGCCGGAAGAUAGCGGCAAUGCGAAGACCCCACCAAAGAAGGACUUGCUGAGCGAGCCCGUGGCUGGAAAGAAAGAACAAAGGAAGGCAGACUGGGCUAUCAUGAAAGAAAUGGCCAAGUAUCUGUGGCCGAAGGAUGAUUGGGGUACAAAGCUCCGUGUCAGCACGGCACUUUCAUUGCUUAUUGGAGCAAAGAUCCUUAACGUGGAGAUCCCGUUCUACUUCAAGAACAUUGUCGACUCUAUGAAUGUAGACUUUGCCACCGUCGGUGGAACUGCCUAUACUGUGGCUGGAUCAAUGAUCAUUGCUUAUGGUGUGACCCGUAUUGGAGCUACAUUAUUCCAAGAGCUUCGUAAUGCGGUCUUUGCUAGCGUUGCGCAGAAAGCAAUUCGGAAGGUGGCAUCAAAUGUCUUUGAGCAUCUGUUGCGCCUGGAUCUCAACUUCCACCUCUCUCGGCAGACCGGAGGUCUGACCCGCGCAAUUGACCGCGGUACUAAGGGCAUCAGCUUCCUCCUAACCUCCAUGGUUUUCCAUGUGGUCCCGACAGCGCUUGAGAUUUCGCUUGUCUGUGGUAUCCUGACUUAUCAAUAUGGCCUCCAAUUUGCCGCCAUCACCACCACAACAAUGAUAGCAUACACGGCGUUCACCAUUACUACAACCGCAUGGCGAACAAAGUUCCGGAGGCAGGCUAAUGCAGCUGACAAUCGCGGAGCAACUGUUGCCGUGGACUCGCUCAUCAACUACGAGGCCGUCAAGUACUUCAAUAACGAGAAAUUCGAAGUGGCACGAUAUGACAAGGCCUUGAAGAAGUAUGAAGAUGCAUCAAUCAAGGUGACUACGUCUCUGGCAUUCCUCAACUCUGGUCAGAACAUGAUAUUCUCCUCUGCGCUGGCCGCAAUGAUGUACCUAGCUUGCAAUGGAGUUGCGAACGGAUCCAUGACCGUCGGUGACCUAGUCAUGGUCAACCAGCUAGUCUUCCAGCUCUCAGUCCCCCUCAACUUCUUGGGAUCUGUCUACCGUGAGCUGCGCCAGUCCCUACUGGACAUGGAGACGCUUUUCAACCUGCAGAAGGUGAACGUCACCAUCCAGGAACGACCCAACGCCAAGCCCCUGCAGCUGACGCAGGGCGGCCAGAUCCGCUUUGAGAACGUCACUUUCGGCUACCACCCAGACAGACCGAUUCUGAAGAAUGCCACCUUCACUAUCCCCGCAGGACAGAAGUUCGCCAUUGUCGGCCCUAGCGGCUGCGGCAAGUCUACAAUCUUGCGUCUGCUAUUCCGCUUCUAUGACGUCCAGUCUGGCCGCAUCUUGAUUGACGGCCAGGAUAUCCGCGAUGUGACAGUCGACAGCCUCCGCAAGAUAAUUGGAGUAGUGCCGCAGGAUACACCGCUGUUCAACGACACAAUUGCCCACAACAUCCGCUAUGGACGGAUUGAUGCAUCGGACGAAGAAGUGCGCCGAGCUGCGGAGCGAGCCCACAUCCACAAGCUCAUUGAGGGUUUGCCUGAUGGCUACCAAACUGCGGUUGGUGAGCGUGGUAUGAUGAUUUCCGGUGGCGAGAAGCAGCGGCUGGCAAUUUCUCGGCUGAUCCUGAAGGAUCCGCAACUGUUAUUCUUCGAUGAGGCAACAUCCGCCCUAGACACCUACACGGAGCAGGCCCUCCUCCAGAAUAUUAACAGCAUUCUCAAAGAUAAGAGCCGCACAAGCGUAUUUGUGGCUCAUCGCCUACGCACGAUCUGCGACAGUGACCAAAUUCUGGUCCUGAAGGGAGGUCAUGUGGCAGAGAUGGGCUCGCACCGCGAGUUGCUCGAGAUUGAUGGCACCUAUGCAGAGCUUUGGAAUACCCAGGAACAGUCGAUGGUCCAGGAUGUUGACCUGGAGCAGAGCCAGGGGGAGGAUGUUCAGCCUAAGGCGUGA